AUGGAUUUGAGUCAAGAAACCAAGGACGAGGCGUCCCCGAGCGGUGAGGCUCACGAAGACGACAAGGAGCUGCAGAAGCAGCGCGCCGGCAGCAGCGGCGGCGGCGGCGACGACGACGACGAGGGAACAAGGCAGCCGUACAAGUGCACCUUCUGCAGGAGGGGGUUCCCGACGGCGCAGGCGCUCGGCGGCCACAUGAACGUCCACCGCAGGCACAGGGGGAGAUCAUCAGCAGCACCCACCACCGGCGCCGCAGCGGCGCAAGGAAUUAGCAGCGGCAGAAGCGGUUGCUACGAGCAGCAGCCGUGCUACUCCACGAUGGCGACGACCGUUGUGGCGUUCGGCGGCCAAACGCAUCCGGCGAGCGUCGCGUCCAUGGCCGCCGGCGGGGCGGCCUUGUUGCACGCGGAACGGCAUCAGCAGCCGUACGAGCUGCGUCUGUUCGGCCGUGACUGCGCGGCCGGCGGUCGCGGCAAGGAAGGUGGCGCCGGAGACGUCCGACGGGAUCGCUGCUACGCGAAAGACGGGGACGGUGGUGACCAUGGCGGAGCGGAGAAGUUGGACUUGGAGCUCAGGCUUGGCGGUGCAGGAUCAUGA